AUACCUAUUUGCCCUCUGCCGGCGUGUUCUCAAUCACUGCAUCUCAGAAAAAAAAUCUGUGCCACGAAGACCAUCUCAAGGCACGAGUCCUCAACUAGGUCACUUCUCAACGAGCGUAUUGCCCUUCAUCCGCGCAAAAACGAAUGAGCGAACUACACCUACUUACCGAAAAAUUUUUACACCCUAAAAAAUUAUGGCCACCUCGCCCACCGGACUUCUUCCAGAAAAUCCAAAUCAUGCCGAGCAAGAUGGUGAACACCUGUCAGUCGAGUUCCUCCAGACCCAGCUCCGCCACGCGGAAGAGCAAAUCAAGGUGGAGGAAACGGAGCUGCAGCUCCGCAAACAGGCAGUCUUUGACCAGCAGAAGAAACUGCAGAUAGCCCAGAACGAGCGGAAUGCGCUAAAGGAAAAGUUGGAUCGAGCGGUGUAUGCGACGUCACCGCAGAGCAGUACUGAUUAUGAUUUCGUAUUCGAUGCACAUGCAGCAGCGUCGUGGAAACUGCAAUAUAAAUGUCCGUUGUCAGCUGUUUGAUGCAUAACAAACUGGCAAAUUUUUCACAAUUGCAGCCACAUCCAACGAUAACAGACCCGUCCGGUUUCGUUUCCCUGACCGCCCUUGACCAAAAUGGGCUCGCGCAGGAAGCGCAGCAGUUUAGCAUGGACGGGGAUACUAUCAAAUGUAAAAAUGUCUGGGUCUGGAAGAAUGCAAGAUUUGUCAUGCAUAUUUUUCACGACCCAGGAUGCCUGUAAUGCGUGACCUAGCGUCGCAGACUUUCAGACGGCUUCCUGAUGCACCUUCCGCAUGAGAAAUGCCCUGUCCGUGUAGCACAAAUUGUACCCCUCUUGCUUGUCAUGCAAUACACACUUUUUUACAGUCCAAAAACAGCAUGACAAGUUGCAAUCUUCCAGACCCAGACAUUUCUACAUUUGAUAGAUACGGAUGAGGAAAAUGAUCCGAACAACAGAUCCGGGGGGCACAGCCUAGACGGGUUGGACUUCGACACACCGCUUGACGCGAUUGGAGUAGCCAAAUGCGGACGGUGCGGCGCGAGGCUGCCUCUCGGUAUAGGGUUGUUUGGCAUGCGAUUAAUAUUGAAGCAUGCGUCGUGAAGAUGCGCAGUGGAUCAUGGGCGACGUUCUCUCUGCAUGACAAACCAACUCCAAAACAGACACCGAAGCCAUCGAAGCGCACACCAUCGAAUGCGAGCAGAACUUUCCCUCCCAGCCUUUGAGGCGCAACAGCCAGAACAAUGGCACGCCUACUACUCCUGGGGGGUCACAAGCCUUUCCUUCUAGUUCUAGUUCCGGACCUUCUAGCACAACAACUCACCCCGGCGUCACCACGUCUUACUCCGGUGUGGUCCGCCAUUCGAUCAUCAACUUUUUCACCAGCCCGGACAGUGUUCACAACACCGCAGAGCCAACCGACCACGGGGCGUUCGAACUCUGGCUGCGGGAUUUCCACAGGGAAUUCUCUGACGACCGGUUCGCGAGAAAUUUACCGAGGUUACGGGAAGCGUUUUUGGCGACUUGGGAAGAAUCCGUAGAGGAAAUCGUGGAGAGUAGGAGGAGGAGCAGGAUGAAUGGCCGGGGCGGGACUACAAAUGGCACAACCAGUAGCAAAGAACAACCUCCAUUGGAACCACCAUUGCGGGUUCACCACGGACGCAUCCGCCGCGCCGGCCUAUGAAUGUAACUAGUGGGCCGUUUCUUUGGGUUUGCAGAUUGAUGUUGGCCCCCGAAGGGAGUUUCCAAAGCCCAAGCCCGUGGAACGUGGGCAGGCCUGCGCCCCACCCACUGUCUGCGCUGCGUAGUGCGAUGGAGGGAACCCGAAACGCUCACACUUUUCGCAGCCGCCUCAGCAAGCGCGUUGGCCUGCCAACAUCUUGUUGCGAGGCAGGGCGUUGCAAGUUGCGGCUGGUCUGCCGGCUUCCGUCUCUUGGUUGCGUAGUGCCUUCAAGUCGUUCUUUCUGGUUGACGGCGCGGCGACUGUUGCGCACCUGACAUGCCAGGUGCGCAGGGCCCGCCGCGCCGAGGGUGUCUCAAGAAACAGGAUUCUUGGCUCCGUACUACGCAUGGGUAGGUCGUGCGGAGUGAGCGAAAAUUUCCGCGCGCGCUGCGCCGCUGGUUCCACAAAUCGCGGCGCUGCUUUUUGUGGAAAUAACAGAAGAAGCCUGUGGGGGUGGGCGCCGCCGUUCUCUUGGGCAGGGCUUCUAUUUGGUGCUUGCGCGGGGGCUACAUAGUCAUGGGGUGGCGCUGGUGCUCGUUUACUUCGUCCUUGCCUGUGUGGGGCAGUUCCCUGUCAUGGGUGCUGCCCGUGCCGUAUUGGCACAAUUGGAUGGGAGGAUGGAAGCGCGAAAGCGCCGCUCGCUCCGUCCUGCUUGCCUCGAAAAAGGGCUAGGGGAUGUUUGGUUCUUCCGUGGCUUUGCUUUCGACGUUGCCCUCUCUUUUUGUGGCCGGGGCAUUGGCAGGUCGCAAAAAAGCGCAGGCAUGACGCAGGUGUCGGGAAAAGGGGCAAACUGUUCAUCAUUGCCCCGCACCGAACGGGCGGGCCAGGCGCCGCGGGCGUUGCCAGCCUCUCAUGGCUGUACGGGGUGAGGCGCAGCUCUCUAUGGGCGCUGGCAUUCAUGUUUCAUUUUGUUUGUCCUGCUAGACAUGGUGUGUAGCUGCUUAUUCCGUACGAGGGCGUUUAUUUCGGUAUAUCGAGUACAAACGGCACAACCGGUAGCAAAGAGCAACCUCCGUUGGAACCACCAUUGCAAGACCGGGCGUUGGUGAUGAGCCCAAAGGGAGGAGGUACAGAUGGGUCUUUUGGGGCCAUCAGGGGAAAAAACUCUGAAUUUUGGGCGUGAAGUCGUUGUAUGUGGCAGUUCAAAUACGUCUGAAUAAGUGAAAUUCAACUUACAAAACCCUCAGGUCGUGGUAGCCGCAGUCCGUCGGGCCGUGGGAGAGCUGCAGACACUGCAGUAGCAUCACCGACAAUACAACCCCCAGGGGCAGGACCAGGCGGCGGGACCAGUCCAGUGCAGUUGCGGUGAAAACGUUCCGGCUGUUUACCGACUUUCGCUUUUUUUCCGAUGCUCUCUUGUAAAAAAAGAACCACCUCCCCCUCUUCCGCUACCGCGCCUGCAGCGGGUUGCCGACCUGGAUCAGGGAUGCGACGGCGGUGUUGACGCCAAAAUCACAAAAUGUACAAAAUGACGAAAAAUUUAUUAGUUGAACCAGAAAACUGAAUUAGAUAGAAGUAAAAGAGAGAUUAUCAUUGACACAACCUUGGACUCCUUGACAACAAUGUACAAAAAAGAUAGAUUUUUUGAACUCGCACAAGCUUGCUGGUGUCAAAAUAGAUGAAAAGUCGCUGUUGAAUAGGAAAGCUCACCCGAGACGUUUCUUCUCGCGUACUG